GCCAGAAACACACACACAUACACACGCAGCCGCACAAAAAAACCACCAACGAAAAAAGAAACGAUUGUCUUUGAAAGCCAUGUCUGAAAUCGAACAGCAGAACCUCAUUCCCGCCACGGCCAUCAAGACUGGAUCGUCGCCCAUUGCGCUGGGAGCAAAGCCAGCCAAUGAAAAGAAGACUAAGAAGAACUCCCCUGAGAAUGCUUAUCCUUUGGAGACUGCUCCUGUCCCUGAAUACAUUGCUCAUCGCAUCGCCAUCUUUGAUACGCUCAAGAAGCAAUCCGAUGAAGCCGACGCUGGUCAGCCAAGAGAUCCCAUUUCGAUCACGAUGCCUGACGGCUCUCAGCGCGAAGGUAUUGCCUGGGAAACGUCCCCGAUGGACAUUGCAAAGUCCAUUGCCAAGAGCCUGGCCGAGCGGGUCGUGAUCGCAAAGGUCGACAAGGUCCUCUGGGAUCUCGAGCGUCCGCUGGUGAGCUCUUGUCAGCUUGAGCUGUUGGACUUCGAGAACGAGGAAGGCAAAGCUGUCUUCUGGCACUCCUCGGCCCAUGUUCUCGGCGAGGCCUGCGAAAGACAUUACGGGUGCCAUCUCUGCAUUGGACCACCAGUUGAGGACGGAUUCUACUAUGAGAUGGGAAUGAGGGACGAAAGACUGGUCUCGCAAGGUGACUACGAGAAUCUGGAGACGUUGGCCAAAAGUAUUGUCAAAGAGAAGCAGCCAUUUCAGCGUCUUGUGGUCAAGAAGGAAGAUCUCCUGCAGAUGUUCAAGCACAACCGAUACAAGAUCCAAUUGAUCGAGUCCAAGAUUCUUGAUGGCGCAUCCACGACGGUCUACCGGUGCGGACCCCUGAUCGAUCUUUGUCGUGGACCACACAUUCCACACACGGGACGUAUCAAGGCCUUUGCAGUCCUCAAAAACUCUGCAUCGUACUUCUUGGGCGACGCCAAGAACGACUCGCUGCAACGCAUCUACGGCGUGUCAUUCCCUGACUCUAAGCUUAUGGUCGAGCACAAGAAGUUUCUGGAGGAGGCCGCAAAGCGAGACCACCGUAAGGUCGGUCGAGAACAGGAGCUCUUCUUCUUCCACGAGCUCUCUCCUGGAUCCUGCUUCUUUCUUCCACAUGGCGCUCGUAUCUACAACACGCUCAUGUCGUUCAUCAAGAACGAGUAUCAUAAGCGUGGUUACACGGAGGUGAUGUCUCCAAAUAUGUUCAACAUCAAACUAUGGCAGACGUCCGGCCAUUGGGACAAUUACAAGGAGGAUAUGUUUAUGUUUGAUGUUGAGAAGGACACGUUUGGACUCAAACCUAUGAAUUGUCCUGGGCACUGUCUGAUGUUUGAUGUGAGAGAACGGUCCUAUCGAGAGCUGCCACUACGGUAUGCCGAUUUCGGCGUCCUGCAUCGAAACGAGGCCUCCGGGGCACUGUCGGGAUUGACGAGAGUGAGACGGUUCCAGCAAGACGAUGCACAUUUGUUCUGUCGCUUGGAUCAAUUGGGCGCGGAGAUGGAUGCCACACUGGACUUCCUGCAGUAUGUCUAUGGGAUCUUUGGAUUCGAAUUUUCGCUGGCUCUGUCUACGAGGCCGGAAAAGUAUCUCGGCAAGAUUGAGGACUGGGACUUGGCUGAGAAGCACUUGGCGGAUGCGCUGAACAGAUUCGGGCGCCCCUGGUCCAUCAACCCCCAGGAUGGCGCUUUCUACGGCCCCAAGAUCGACAUCCUCAUCCGAGAUUCCCUGCGACGUAACCAUCAAUGUGCGACGCUGCAACUGGACUUUCAGCUGCCUGAACGGUUCAAUCUCCAGUACCGCAACAGCGGCGGUGAUCCAUCUGGUUCGGAUUUCUCUCGGCCCAUCAUCAUCCAUCGCGCUAUGCUUGGGUCUUUGGAACGCAUGAUCGCCAUCCUGACGGAGAACUGCGCAGGCCGGUGGGACUUCUGGCUCUCGCCACGUCAAAUCCAGGUGAUUCCAGUGGCAGGACCGCUGCUGCCGUAUGCGGAAAAAGUUCAGAGACAGCUAUUUGAUGCUGGGUACUUUGCAGAUGUCGAUGCCUCGGACGCGACGUUGAACAAGAAGAUCCGGAAUGCAGAACUUGCACAGUAUAACUUCAUCUUUGUGGUCGGUGCUGAAGAGGAAGCGUCCGGGUCCGUCAAUGUGAGGUCGCGUGAUGAUGUGGAGAGCAAAGCCAAGGGACAGAUCCGCAAGAUGGAGGAGGUAAUGGAGAAGCUCAAGGUGCUGAAGGACUCUAUGGCCAAGGGUAGCCGCAUCUAGAUCUAUGUUCCGAAGAGACCUGUGCAGGGCCCCAUUUUUCACGAGCCUCACACAUCACUAGUUUAGCCGCGUUGUAGUACAGUGCAUCAAGUAGGGAAAUUAGUAUUCGUUUCUUAAAUAUAAAAGAGACAGCGAGGCG